AUGCCAUCUGGGACUUCUUUGUGCACGAUGGCGGACAUCAACUCUCCGGAGACUUCGGUCAUCGACGUGGCCACUCGCGCGAGCUGGAUCGACUCGUGGCGGAUGUCGCAGCUGACCGCGGAGGGGACGAACUUUGUGGAGGACAGCACCUGGCCGAGGGACGCGUACGACGAGCACCGGAGCGCGAUGCACAAGUCGCUCGACGGCGAUGCCAACGGCGCGCUCAACCUGCGGAUCCCCGGCAUUAAAGAGUACAGCUACGACGUCAUGGGUGCCGCAAUGAAGGAGUACUGGGCCGGCACGAUGAGCAUCGACGAGCUCGUGGUGCAGGUGACGGAGGGCUGGAAACUGAUCUCCGAGGACCGCGGCAUCAUCGACCAGCUCCAGAUCUACCGGGCCACGCUGGGGCUCGAGCAGAUCAGCGAGUACGACCUGUGCCAGAGGUUUCGCUCCACGAUGGACUCGAUCGACCCGCGCACGUGCCGCCAGUACGACCCCCCCGAGAACGAGGAUAAGACCCUCGAGACCGUCAUGUACGCCAUCGGCGCUGUCAUCGGCGUAGGACUGGUGCUGUCCACGGUCGCGUGGGUCGCGCACACUUUCAUCCAGAAGAGGCGCCUGCAGAGACAGGAGGAAGAGCGGCAGCUCCAGAUGAUCGAGGAUGCCGUGAGCGCGAUGCGCGACCUGCGGUUUCCCAUGGUUGUGCUCCAGAUGAAGACGUUCAGGGACAUGGGCUCGUUCGUUUCCCACGAGGAGCUCCGCAAGAAUCAUGGCUCCAAGCUUGCAUGGCUGGACACUCCGGAUGAUAUCGACAAAUUCGUGACGGACAAUUUCAUCAUCUUCCUCUCGCACCAGUGGCUGUCAUGGACGGCGCCCGACCCCGAUAAUCUGCAGUACGAGUGCGCCAGGUCAGCUGUCGCCGACUGCGCACUCCAAAAGGAGUGGGACCCGGAAAAUGUGCACGUGUGGCUCGAUGUCUGCUCAAUUCCCCAGAAGAACAAGUCACAACAGUCGUGUGCUAUCUCGAGCCUGCCCAUCUAUGCCUCCAGCGCCCACGCGUUCAUCGUAGUCGCGCCAGAGGCGGUACACAAGGACCUGUGCCAGAUGUGCAGCCUGGAGACCUACCAGAAUCGCGCCUGGUGCCGCGCGGAGCUGCUGUCGCACUCGCUGACCCACGGCGUGGACGACAUGUACCUGGCGAACUCGCAGAGCCUGGUUGAGCCAGUGCGGCUUGGGAGCGCGAUGAUGAACGAAGUGGGUCUCGGCGGAUCUACGUGUUCGAAGGCGAGCUCUCGUGCUGUCGCAUGA